AUGCAAUACCGAUCGCCGCCGGGAAGCCACUCCAGCAGCAGCACCACCACCACCACGGCCAACAUCCAACUCCAACAGCCGCCAGAGCGCGCCGACAUCAAGUUCGAGGGCCUGCAGGCAGAUCGGCCGACACCGCCAGCUAUGUGGCUGGUAGCCGCUCUCUGCACGCUCCUCUGGCUCGCCGUCAUCCUCGGCGGCCUCGCCGUGCUGAUCGUCUACCUCGUCUUCCGGCCGCGGACCCCUCUGCUGGAGAUCGUGAGCGGCACUCUCAAUGGGGCCUACCUGGACGUGGGACCGCGCCUGAACGUCGACCUGACGCUGCUGGUCAACAUCUCCAAUCCCAACGCCAAGGUGCAGGUGACCUUGAGCUACCUGCAGCUGGAUCUUUACUUCGACGGCGUGUUACUUGCGACGCAGGGUGUGGAGCCGUUGGAGGAGAGCGCGGGGGAGGCGGUUCUUCGGAGCGUGCACAUGGUGGUGAGCGAGGUGGUGCUAGGGACGAAGGCCGCAGAGAAGUGGCAGGAAGAGGCGCAAGGGGGUGGCACUGGCACUAACAAGGGGGUGGGGAUGCAAGUGGUGGGGAGGUUCCGGUCAAGGUCGGUGCUCAGCGGGUGGAUGCGUUACAGCUAUUGGCUGCAUCGCCGCUGCAAUAUACUCGUCGACGGGCCGCCCAACGGAGCGCUCAUUGCAAGUUCCUGCGCCUCCAAGCACUAG